AUGGCGAAGGUGGCAUCGAUGGCGGUGGGACAAAUACACAGUAAUGGAUGGUUGAAACACUACUCUUCCUCUCAUCAAAUCCUCUUAGUCGGAGAAGGAGACUUCUCUUUCUCAUUAUAUCUCGCACUGUCAUUCGGUUCUGCCUCCAACAUCGUCGCCACCUCCCUCGACUCAUAUGAUUCUGUUAUAAGCAAGUAUGAGAAAGGAGAAUUUGGAAAUCUUAGAGAAACUGGGAGCAACCCUUCUGCACAAUGGGGUAUGCUUAGGCCUUUUGUUGAGAUCCAUAUAAACCACAAGAAUAAAGUCCCAUUUUGCAAUUGGAAUCUUAAACAACUUGCUUACAAGUACUCACUAGCACUGAUUGAGUGUACUGAUUUCAAGAUAGAAGAUUAUCCUGGUUAUAUCAAUAAGAGAGGAGAUGGACCUAGAUGUGAUCAAACCUUCCCUUUAGGGAAAUGCAGUACCUUCAAGUUUGUCCUCUCUCAAAAUGGGACAACAGAGCUUCAAAAUCCUCAUUAUGAAUUGCGUUUGCAGUCUGUGGUUGCACCAUUGAGCUUGGAAUUGUAA